UCUGGCAAGAUGCAUUUCCUCUUUCCCCUCUUACUGAUUUUGCUUCAAUCUCCAAGUACUAAGGCUGGUGAGAUCAUCGGGGGCCAUGAGGCAAAGCCCCAUUCCCAUCCAUAUAUGGCAUAUAUGAAUUACAGACAGCAAAAUGAAGAAUAUGUUUGUGGUGCUUUUCUGAUUCGAGAGGACUUUUUGCUGACAGCAGCUCACUGCUUGGGAAGUUCCAUAAGCGUCAUUCUGGGAGCUCAUAACAUCAAGAAGCCAGAAAAGACCCAGCAGAAGAUUGGUGUGCUCAGAGCUAUUCCCCACCCACAAUACAACUAUCAGACUUUCGAGAAUGAUAUUAUGUUGCUUCAGCUGGAGAAGAAGGCUGAGCUGAAUGGAGCUGUGAAGGUCUUAGACUUGCCGUGGAAUAAUGACAGGCUGAGGCCUGGGGAAAGAUGCACUGUGGCAGGCUGGGGGCUUAACCUUGCAAAGGAAUUCCCAAACACACUGCAGGAGGUGGAUUUAACAGUGAGAAAAGAUGAUGAGUGCAAAUACUUCAAACGCUACAACAGUUCUACCCAGAUAUGCGCUGGAGAUCCUAAGGAAUUAAAGGCUUCUUUUCAGGGGGAUUCUGGAGGUCCUCUAGUGUGUGAUAAAGUGGCCCAGGGCAUUGUCUCCUAUGGAAACCCAGAUGGGAGAAAUCCUCAUGUCUAUACUCGGAUCUCCAGCUUCUUAUCAUGGAUCAAGAAAACAAUGAAUGCUCAUGAGUACUAAGCAUCAAGAUUCAUAAUCUCUGAGAACCAGAAGUGCUCUCUGGAUAUAGAGCCUAAAGCCAAGAGCUUGUGUGGAAAAGAAGAGGGACCAUAUCCCAAUAAACCUGA